AUGAAAUCCACAACCACCCUCCUCACCGCGCUCAGCGCUUUCGCGGUUGACUCCGUCAUCGCUGACUUCGACGGUUUCUUCCGCUUCAUCGGUGGCAACGCCGUCAUCUCUGGCGAACGUCUGCGCCUCAACAACUCGAUCCCGUGGAUCUCCCCCGGCGUGUCUCACGCCCCUUACAACCCGGACGACCACUACUCGCGCAUCAACAUCAAGGACACCACGCACAACCUGCUCUACGUGGUCCCCACUAACCCGCACCCUCCUCCGGUGCCCGGUUACUACGCCCUUUCGGGAACCGAGGGCGUGCCCGACGCGUACCGCUUGGUGCAGACGUAUCGUCCGGAUGAGGAGGGCAGCGUGAACCUGUACAAGGAGUGGAAGGUCAAGAAGGCUUGCGAUAAGAGCGGAAACAAAAACGAGACGAGGAGCCUUCUCAGGUACGGCAAUGAUUUGUAUGGCGAGUGGAGGUGGAUUGCCGUUAGGGAGAUUGGGUAUACCGGUGCCGAGCGCUGGGUGCCGUGGUGGGUUAAGCCCUCCGCGGCCAACAUUGGAAACUUGACGGCGUGGGAUUAUGAUGUUGCGGAUCUGGAGCUCGUGGCUGCCACCGGCGGCGUGAACUCGAAUGCACCCGGUGGUGUUGAGGAGAACUAA